AUGUGGACAGGGAUUGGGAUUGUUUUAUUAAUUUUUUCAUUCACACAUAUUUAUUGUGCUGCGUCAGAAGACUCGAAACCUAAAGGGCCUAAAGUUACUGAUAAGGUGAUAUUUGACAUAACUAUUGGAGAAAAUUUUAUUGGUAAGAUUGUUAUUGGCUUAUUCGGUAAAACAGUUCCCAAAACGGCCAAAAAUUUUUAUGAAUUGUGUAAAAAACCGAAAGGUAGUGGAUAUGUUGGUUCCAUAUUUCACAGAGUUAUCAAAGAUUUUAUGAUUCAGGGUGGAGAUUUCACGAAAGGUGAUGGAACAGGUGGUAGUUCCAUAUAUGGUGAGAAAUUCGCCGAUGAAAAUUUCAAAUUAAAACAUUAUGGUGCUGGAUGGCUAAGUAUGGCAAAUGCAGGUCCCGAUACCAAUGGUUCACAAUUUUUCAUUACUACAAAAAUGACUUCAUGGCUUGACGGAAAACAUGUUGUUUUUGGAAAGGUGCUGGAAGGAAUGGAUGUUGUACGAAAAAUUGAGAAUACGAAAAUAAAGGAAAUGGACAGACCCGAGGUGGAUAUCACUAUUUCUGCAUGCGAGCAUAUAGUUAUUGAACAACCUUUCGCAGUUCAUCGAAAAGAUGCUGAAUGA